CGUGAUAUAAAACGAAAGUUGGAUCUCAACUGGUCAACUUUCAUGAUUUUCUAGUAACUAGAGAAUAGUAACAUAGUAGAAAAUGGAGGAAAUAGUAGUUUCUGCACCCGGAAAGAUAAUUCUACACGGUGAACACGCUGUCGUGUAUGGAAAGAUAGCUCUAGCUGCAGCUUUAAAUCUACGAUCUUAUCUGAAAAUUAAACAAAAGAAUGAUGGUCAAGUUACUGUAAAUUUACCAAAUAUUGGAAUCAACAAAACCUGGAAACUUUCAGAUUUACAACAAAAAAUCAGUCUUCCAUUAUGUGACCCAUUAAAACCUUUCACAGUAACAGAUGAUCAGUUAUCACAAUUAAAACAGCUGGGUGGAAUUAAUCCUGAUUCUAAUUCAACUACAGAUUUAGCUGUUAUAGCUUUUUUAUAUCUAUAUAUGUGUAUAACAGCUUGUGAAGGGGAACUCUGUAGUGUAGAAGUAACAGUAUCAUCUAAUCUACCAGUUAGCGCUGGACUUGGUUCUUCAGCUGGUUAUUCAGUUUGUUUAGCGGCUAGUUUAUUACAAAUUGGUGGUUUAAUACCUCCUAGUAAUAGUCUAGGAAAAUGGAGUGAGCAACAUCUCAAAUUGAUCAAUGAUUGGGCUUUUCAAGGUGAAAAAAUCAUCCAUGGAAACCCGUCUGGUAUUGAUAAUUCUAUUAGUACUUAUGGUGGAGCUAUUAAAUUUCAAGGUGGGAAAAUAACUCCAGUAGAAAAGAUGCCAAAGUUACGAAUAUUAUUAGUUAAUACAAAGGUACCAAGAAGUACUAAAAUAUUAGUUGCUGGUGUUAGAGAUAAGUAUAAUAAAUAUAGGGAGGUAAUGGAACCAAUAUUAAACAGUACAGAAUGUAUAACAGUACAAUGUGAAUCUGUAUUGUCAGAUAUUGCAAAUAAUCCUACACCAGAAUCUUAUAACACCCUACAGGACUUAAUAGAUAUUAACCAACAUUUAUUACAAGCUAUGGGAGUGAGCCAUCCAGCAUUAGAAAAAAUCAUCAGAUUAACUAGUCAAUAUAAUCUACAUUCUAAAUUAACUGGUGCAGGAGGGGGAGGAUGUUCAUUUACUCUAAUACCACCAGGUACAGCAGAAGAGACAAUAGUAGCUAUAAAAAUAGAAUUAGAGAAGUUAGGAUAUGAUUGUUGGGAGACAUCGGUCGGUGCUACUGGUGUUUGUAAUGAGAAACGUGAUGCUCAAUUACCCACAUACUUAUCAUGACAAAAACAUUUGAAUCUAGCUGAGACAUUCCUAAACACCUGAUAACCCUGUAUAUACCAAUUCUAUUUUAUUUUCUGUCUUUCUGUCUGGAUUUGUUAGCUCUCUUAUUGAAUGCUCAAAUCAUCUUAGUUCAGUAAAAUUUCCCCCAAUUACA